AUGGAUAAAAAUAAUAAAAUAGAUGGUGAAAUGGAUAAAAAUAAUAAAAUAGAGGGUAGAUAUAAUAAAAUCAAUGGUGAAACAGAUGGUAAAACAGAUGAAAAUAAUAAAAUAGAUGAAAUCAAUGGUGAAAUAGAUAAAAAUAAUAAAAUGAAAGGGAGGUAUGAUGAAACUGAUGAUAAAACAGUCAAUGAAACAAUUGAUGAAACAGUUGAAUCAAAAGAUACAGAUAAUGAAAUGAAUAUUAAUGAUAAUAAUUUUAAUUUAAAACUUCAACAAUUAGAAUAUAUUAUUUUAAAUAAUUAA